AUGGCUGACUCCGCUGGUUCUGGUAUCUCGCAUGUCGCGGAUAGUCCCAAACGCGACGCCUUACGGCAGCCCGCACAGCCACGGCAGCAAGAUCGCGAGGCACUGUCGACUCCGAACGAAACUCCAUCGAUCAGUUCAUCACGCGACAUUCCCGAUUCGGCAAGGAAAACAGUAGGCGUCGUGGAUUCCACCGGAGCUACUGGCGCGCGGCCUGCGGCUUCCACGAAAUGGACGAACGACCAACUUUUCUACGACGACGAAGGCGGAGAUAUCGGGCUGCCAUACGACGAAGAUGCUGGUCUGAUUCGCAGUGAUCUCGUUAAUACAUAUAGCGACAACGAUACAUUCGCGUAUACGACUAACGACACGAAAGCUGCAUAUGGGGCAGCCACGAAGACGGAACCACGUUCCUACGUGGUGGAGGAUUACAUGUGGGAGGUCAACCCCCCAAUGUCUGCACGAAAUCGUCGAAACGUUCGCCCUGGGGACAUCAUCUUGGCACCCGACCCACAACAAGCAUACAAUCCACGAACCGCAAGUGGUGUACCGACACACGAAGGCCUGGUGUCUAACAAGCUUCGUCCCAUGACCGUCAUGAAAACUCACGAAGACGAUGACAAUUUACCAGAAACUGCGACUUGUCUACGCCAUUAUACGUACCAAAAGAAAGGUCCCUCUAAUUUGGUGUCAGUAUCUGAACUCAACAAGCUAUUCAAAUUACUCGAACGAGGUAGUUACGAGGAAACAAGUCUCACCGGAAACCGGCCUGUCUAUGGAUCGUUGUUCGAUAGUACCAUCGAUCCUCAAGCUUACAUCCAUGGUGGCCAGUUGGUGCUAGUACGUCUGACAAACAAAGUUCGCAUCAUUGGCGAAAUCAAUAUUCCCGAUUGGGCGAGGCUAGACAUCUUCUCCAAACAGCAAGGUGAGCGCUCAGUAGACGCAGUAUAUGCCCAAUACCCAAAACUACGUGAGCAGGCUGAACAGAAGGUCCACGAGGCUUCCAUUCGCGCUCGCGAGCUUCAGGGUGAUCAUCACAACACUCGAGCUGCUCAAAGCCGGGAGAGCAUUGAAGGCACCGUCGCCAUGAUACUCGAAGCCGGUCUCCCUCCCCAUAUCGGCAUCCGUCCAACCGCCCAGAGUACACAACACGCGUGA